GGCGAUUGCCCAGGACUGGAAGUGCUGGGGCCGUCUGAGUAGAGGCGGGGUUAAGGACAGGGCCGUGCGCUGAGCGGAAGCGGGUUCUCCUGGCAGAGAGGCCGGCCGGGCCCGGUUCCGGUUGUCACUUACUCGGCGACCGAGGAGGAUUGGGGUGUUGGGGGAGAAAGGAAGGAAGAUGGCGUCGGACUUAGAGACGGAGGUCCAGGCUAUUGACAGGAGCCUGCUGGAAUGCUCUGCGGAGGAGACUGCCCUGAAAUGGCUGCAAACCUCUGAUCUUCCAAAAGAAGUAUACAAGCACCUAGCCUAUUAUGUACCCAAAAUUUACUGCAGGGGUCCUAACCCAGCCCCACAAAAAGAAGAUAUGCUUGCACAGCAUGUUCUGCUGGGUCCAAUGGAAUGGUACCUGUGUGGUGAAGAUCCUGCAUUUGGAUUUCAGAAACUUGAGCAAGCAAACAAACCUUCCCAUCUUUGUGGCCGGGUUUUUAAAGUUGGAGAGCCCACAUAUUCUUGCAGAGACUGUGCAGUUGAUCCAACUUGUGUUUUAUGCAUGGAAUGUUUUCUGGGAAGUAUUCACAGAGAGCAUCGAUACAGGAUGACGACAUCUGGUGGAGGAGGUUUCUGUGACUGUGGUGAUACAGAAGCUUGGAAAGAAGGUCCUUGCUGUCAAAAGCAUGAACAUAAUACUUCAGAAACUGAAGAGGAAGAGGAUCCUCUUGUGCACUUGUCAGAAGAUAUGAUAGCAAAAGUUUAUAAUAUUUUUGCUAUCAUGUUUCAAUAUGCUGUGGAUAUAUUAACAUAUAUCCACAAAGAAAAUGAAAAAGAAAAUAAGUUGCCACCAGGUUUAGAGACUAUUGAGAAGAGUGAUACUUACUACUGCAUGCUUUUUAAUGAUGAAGUUCAUACAUAUGAACAGGUUAUUUACACUCUUCAAAAAGCUGUCUAUUGUACACAGAAGGAAGCCAUUGGUUUUGCCACAACUGUAGACCGAGAUGGACGCAGGUCAGUUCGCUAUGGAGGCUUUCACUACUGUAACGAAGCCAAAUUAGUGAUAGAGAGAAAUACCAGUCGCCAGACUAAGCCGCUGAAGGUUCAAAUUAUGCACUCAUCAAUCGUUGCCCAUCAGAGCUUUGGAUUAAAGCUUCUGACUUGGCUGAGCAAUAUUAUUGGAUAUUCAGAUGGUCUUAGAAGAAUACUAUGUCAAGUUGGCUUACAGGAAGGACCAGAAGGAGAAAAUUCUUCACUUGUGGAUAAACUGAUGCUAUCAGAUUCUAAACUUUGGAAAGGAGCUAGAAGUGUCUAUCAUCAGUUAUUCAUGAGCAGCCUUCUUAUGGAUUUGAAGUACAAGAAACUUUUUGCGAUCCGUUUUGCAAGAAAUUACCGGCAGUUGCAGAGAGAUUUUAUGGAGGAUGAUCACGAGCGGGCAGUGUCGGUGACUGCUCUAUCUGUUCAGCUCUUCACUGUACCUACUCUGGCCCGAAUGUUAAUAAUAGAAGAGGACCUUAUGACUAUUAUCAUCUCAACAUUUAUGGACCAUUUACGGCAUCGAGAUGUUCAGGGAAGGUUUCAGUUUGAACGGUAUACUGCCAUACAGGCUUUCAAGUUCAGACGAGUCCAAAGCCUGAUUUUGGAUUUAAAGUAUGUCUUGAUAAGCAAACCAGUUGACUGGUCAGAUGACUUAAGGCAAAGAUUUCUAGAAGGCUUUGAUGUCUUUUUGGAGUUGCUAAAGUGUAUGCAGGGUAUGGAUCCAAUAACUCGGCAAGUAGGGCAGCAUAUUGAAAUGGAACCAGAAUGGGAAGCAGCAUUCACCUUGCAAAUGAGACUGACACAUGUGAUCUCAAUGAUGCAGGACUGGUGUGCUUUAGAUGAAAAAGUACUAAUUGAAGCAUACAAGAAAAGUUUGACUACACUGCUGCAAUGUCAUAGUGGCUUUACUGAUGGAGAGCAGCCUAUUGUUCUCAGCAUGGGUGGACACUCAGUUGAGACUAUUCGAUACUGUGUCUCUCAGGAAAAAGUUAGCAUUCAUCUCCCUGUUUCUCGUUUACUUGCAGGUUUGCAUGUACUUCUGAGCAAAACUGAAGUAGCAUACAAGUCUCCAGAACAGCUCCCAAUGAGUGAACUUAGUCCACCUAUGCUAAUAGAACAUCCCCUACGAUGUCUAGUUCUCUGUGCCCAAGUACAUGCUGGGAUGUGGAGAAGAAAUGGAUUCUCUCUCGUUAACCAAAUAUACUACUAUCAUAACGUGAAAUGCAGAAGAGAGAUGUUUGACAAAGACAUUGUGAUGCUUCAGACAGGUGCAUCCAUGAUGGACCCAAACCAUUUCCUCAUGAUAAUGCUGAGUCGCUUUGAACUUUACCAGAUAUUUAGUACCCCAGAUUAUGGCAAAAGAUUCAGUUCUGAAAAUUCCAAUAAGGAUGUUGUUCAGCAAAAUAAUACACUUAUUGAAGAAAUGUUAUACCUGAUUAUAAUUAUUGUCGGAGAGCGAUUUGUUCCAGGUGUUGGUCAGGUCAAUGCUACAGAUGAAAUCAAACGAGAGAUUAUUCAUCAGCUAAGCAUUAGACCUAUGGCUCACAGUGAAUUAGUAAAAGCAUUGCCAGAAGAUGAGAACAAAGAAACUGGAAUGGAAAGUGUGAUCGAAGCAGUUGCCUGUUUCAAGAAACCAGGAUUAACAGGCCGAGGAUUAUAUGAGUUGAAACCAGAAUGUGCUAAAGAGUUCAACUUGUAUUGUUAUCAUUUUUCAAAGGCAGAGCAAUCGAAGGCAGAGGAAGCACAAAGGAAACUAAGACGACAAAACCGGGAAGAUACAGCACUCCCACCUCCUGUUCUGCCUCCCUUCUGCCCUCUGUUUGAAAGCCUAAUCAAUAUUCUGCAGUGCGAUGUCAUGUUGUGCAUUAUGAGGACAAUACUGCAGUGGGCAGUAGAGCAUAAUGGCUACGCCUGGUCAGAAUCCAUGCUGCAAAGGGUUCUGCACUUGAUUGGAAUGGCACUACAAGAAGAAAAACAGCACAUGGAGCAUGCUGACGAAGAUAAUGUGGUAACGUUUACCUUCAGUCAGAAGAUCUCAAGGCCAGGUGAGGCACCCAGCAAUUCCCCUAGUGUAUUAGCUAUGCUAGAAACUUUGCAAAAUGCAUCGCAUCUGGAAGUGCAUAAGGAUAUGAUCAGAUGGAUACUAAAGACUUUUAAUGCUGUUAAAAAGCUCAGAGAGAGAUCUUCUACAAGUCCUGUGUCGGAGACUGAGGGAAGUAUUAUGGAAGAGAGUUCACGAGACAAAGAAAAAGCUGAGAGAAAGCGAAAAGCUGAGAUUGCCAGGCUGCGAAGAGAAAAGAUCAUGGCACAGAUGUCUGAGAUGCAGCGACACUUCAUUGAUGAGAACAAAGAGCUCUUCCAGCAGACUUUAGACGAACUUGAAACUUCUACCUCCAGAGUGCUUGACAAUAGUCCCUCAGUUUCAGAUUCCAAGCUUAUAGCUUUGGGUCCAGAGCAGACUAAAGUGACUGAGCAGAGGCAGGUGGUUACCUGUAUCUUGUGCCAAGAAGAACAGGAGGUUAAAGUGGACAACAGAGCCAUGGUCCUGGCAGCAUUUGUUCAGAGAUCAACAGUAUUGUCCAAAAAUAGAAGUAAAGUGAUUCCAGAUCCUGAAAAAUAUGAUCCAUUGUUCAUGCAUCCAGACCUGUCAUGUGGUACACACACUGGGAGCUGUGGGCAUAUUAUGCAUGCUCACUGCUGGCAAAGGUAUUUUGAUGCUGUGCAAGCAAAAGAGCAAAGACGACAGCAAAGGCUGCGAGUGCACACAAGUUAUGAUGUAGAAAAUGGUGAAUUCCUUUGCCCUCUUUGUGAAUGCUUAAGCAACACUGUCAUUCCUCUGCUUCCUCCUCCAAGGAGUUUAUUUAACAGGUUAGAUUUUUCAAGUCGUCAAAAUCUAGCUCAGUGGAUAAGAACAAUAUCUCAGCAAAUCAAAGCACUGUGUAUGCUUCGCGAUCAGGAAAGCGCUAGUAACCCCUCUUGUAGUAACUUGGAAAAAAUGGAUGAACUACAGCUACCUGAAGGGUUUAGACCAGAGUUUCAACCAAAGAAUCCAUAUUCUGAAAACAUUAAAGAAAUGUUGAAAACAUUUGGCACUGCCACAUAUAAAGUGGGUCUAAAAGUUCAUCCCAAUGAAGACGAUCCCCGUGUACCCAUAAUGUGUUGGGGCAGUUGUGCAUAUACAAUACAGACAAUAGAACGAAUUUUAGCUGAUGAAGAAAAACCACUGUUUGGUCACUUACCUUGUCGACAGGAUGAUUGCCUUACUUCAUUAACUAGAUUUGCAGCAGCACACUGGACAGUUUCUUCACUUUUGGCAGUACAGGGUCACUUUUGUAUGCUUUUAUCGUCACUGGUGCCUAAUGAAAAAAAUGGGAAUCCUACCUGCAUUCUUGACAUGGACAUGUUUCAUUUGUUGGUAUGUUUGGUGCUCUCUUUCCCUGCUGUACACUGUCAGGACUUUUCAGGAGUUAGUCUUGGUACUGGAGAUAUUCAUAUCUUCCACCUCGUCACUAUGGCACAUAUUGUACAAAUCAUACUUACCUCGUCUACAGAAGAAAAUAGUAUGGACCAAGAAAAUCCUACUGGUGAAGAAGAAGCAGUCCUUGCAUUGUAUAAAUGUCUUGGCCAGUAUACAGGAAGUGCCUUGAAAGAAAUUUCCUCUGGAUGGCAUCUGUGGAGAAGUAUAAAAGCUGGAAUAAUGCCUUUUUUGAGGUGCUCUGCUAUGUUCUUCCACUAUUUAAAUGGUGUUCCAGUACCAUCAGAAUUACAAGUAAGUGAGGCAAACCAAUUUGAACACUUGUGUAGUUAUCUCUCCUUGCCAAACAACCUCAUCUGCCUUUUUCAAGAAAACAGCAAAAUUACAAAUACCUUAAUAGAAAGCUGGUGUAGUACUGAUGAAAUAAAAAGAUACCUGCAAGGUCAGAGACAAGCCAUAAGCUAUCCACGAGAAUCCAACAAAUUAAUAGACCUUCCUGAUGAUUACAGCUGCCUCAUUAAUCAAGCAUCUAACUUUUCAUGUCCAAAGUCAGGUGGUGAUAAAAGCAGAGCACCAACAUUGUGCCUUGUAUGUGGGACCAUGCUGUGUUCCCAGAGUUACUGCUGUCAAACAGAAUUAGAAGGAGAAGAUGUUGGAGCCUGUACUGCACAUACAUAUACCUGCGGCUCUGGAGUGGGAAUUUUUCUCAGAGUACGGGAGUGUCAAGUGCUAUUCCUAGCUGGUAAAACAAAGGGCUGCUUUUAUGCUCCUCCCUACCUUGAUGACUAUGGAGAGACAGAUCAGGGACUCAGACGUGGGAAUCCCUUACAUCUGUGCAGAGAGCGAUUUAAAAAGAUUCAAAAACUCUGGCAACAGCACAGUAUUACAGAGGAAAUAGGACAUGCACAAGAAGCCAAUCAAACUUUAGUAGGCAUUGACUGGCAGCAUUUAUAACUAAUUAUUUUCUGAAGACUGGAACUUCAUGAUCAUUCUUUUGUAAUCCAGCAAAAUUCAUCAAACAAAAGGAGGAUUGAGGGGAGAAAAGGAUUGAAAUAAUACAGAGAAGAAUCUAGUUCUUUUAUUAACUUUUCCAUGUUUGUUUUGUAAAUUUCCUGGUUACCAUUACUAUGUAAAAUCUUCUGUGUAGCAGAUUUUAUCAAGAGUAUUAUUGCACUGUGCUUCCUUUACAUACAACCUGUUGGUUUCUAUGACUUGGGCUAGUAAAUUUUACAUUUCUGGUACAAAAAUUGCAGUCUCCUUGGAGCCUGGCUGAGAAAAUUUUGAUAACUAAGAGGAAAAGCAGAACUCUGUUGAAAUGGCGCCUAGACUGAGCACAAUGUUGAACUGAUGCAUUUGCCCUUUAAAUCUGAGCCAUUUUGCAUUUUAAUACUUAGGUUAUUCUGUGUUUGUAAUAGAAUGGAACAAGGAUGCAAAAAAUGUAGCAACGGACUUAUCUGUAUGAGUGGAUGCAAACACUCAUUGUAUCUAAAAUGACUUUGUAAUCUGCAGCCUUGCAGGACCCUUUUGCCUUUGUAUUUCUUCUUACUAAAAGAAAGAACAUGUACUUAAUAAGGAACAUUAACUUAAAGAUCUUUUUAAAGUCUCACACUCUUUAAAAGUAUUGUAUGGGUUGUGAUAUUGACAUAGUGGGAAAAGAUCUUUGUUUUCCAUGCUGUGAUUGGUAAUCUUUGAUGUUUAAAAGGUGGACAUUUUGCUUAGAUGAGAUAAGGUAAGAUAAUAACCACCCAUCAGAGAAGUCAUGUGAAACUUGAUUUGAUGUCAGAUUGAAGAGGCAGAGAAUGAUACGUAUUUUGGGGUUUUUGUUUUUUUUUAAAUUCCAUCUAGCAAGGUUCAGAAUCCAUUUGUCUUUUUUAACAGAUUUUAAAAUAACAUCAAAUGCAAAGUGAAACUAUGGACAUUUUUCCCCUGCAUCGCAGUGUUUCAGUUGCAAAGUUUUGCACCGUUUUUCUUCACUUGCACCAUCAACUACAUACAUUUGCACUUGGCUGACUUCUGUAAAGAAUUUUGUCUAUAGUAUAUUUUAUAAGUAUAUUGAAAUAACUGCACAGAUUUUGCACUUGGCACAUGGGCCUGAAGGAGUGAAUUUUCUAGGUAUAUAUAGGGCCUCCAAGAAAACUAUAUAAAAUGGUGUCAUACUUUCUAGAGAGCUUUCAUAAUUUCUGUCCCUUCUAAAGAUCACCAUCCUUUUUUUUUUUUUUUUUAAUGACAAAUUACUAUAGUAUCUCCUUUGGAUAACUAUAGUAAUCUGUAAUUGUAGGUAGGUUGGAUGAGUCUUGCUUUUUGAAUUUCAUCUUCAGUACAGAGCAGCUGUCUCUUGAACAUCCAGUAUAUUUGCAAUUGCUGUAAGUUUGGGGUGGUUUUUUUUACAGAUUUAACGCAUCAGCUGGUGUUCACAGCAGCUUUCUACAGAAUAGAUGCAGUUAACACAUAAGACGCAAGUAUAAAGCUAGACAAGUUUGGCUUCCUUUCCGUAGGGCAAUUUUUAGCAGAACUGAUUGUCACUCUGAUCAGCGUCUUCCUACAUGCAUCAAUAGUUCUCAAGCCUCUUCUCCUUUGCUAUGAUUGUUGUGUAAGUAGCAGGAAAAUAUUCAGCCUUCUUUUUCCCCUUCUUGGAUGAGGCUGUAGAUAAGGCUAGUUGCUGUGCAUGUUCCAGUUAAUGUACUAAUUCUGCUCUAAUAUUUUCAUUGGGAUUUUGAGAAUCUUACUUUAAGAGGCAUAUAAUAAUACAUUACACUUUGUGUUUCUCAUGGGUACAUAGGUAUUUCAAGACAACAAAAUAGGUCUGCUGCCUUUAAACUGACAGUUGUGUGUGUGUGUGUGUGUGUGAAAUAGAGAAAAAAGGCAUUUCCCCCCUCAGGUACUAUAAUCCAAGAUGGAGGUCAAAUGGAUUGAUGGAAUUAUGACUAUAAAACAUAGGAAAGUAUAUAAUUUAUCCUGGUUUUUAGCAAGGUUGCUUAUUCUUCAACAAACAACCCAUUUUCUUCUCUGACUUUUUUCUUUUGCAUGUAUUUAUGUUCAUUGUAGAAAUGUUUAUAUAAUGAGCUUUCAGCAUCAGGGAAAUUAAUACCUGUAAUGAAUUGGUGAUAACUUUCAUAUCUGUGGACAACUUGUACAAAUUGAAAUGUAUCAUAUGUAUAAAAGUAUAAGAAUAAAUGCUUUAGGUGUUGACAUUAAA